AUGGUCGCUCUCAAUUUCGAGUAUGGAGCGCUGCGAACUAUGUUCCUUGACGCAGGUAGAGACAUCGGACAGUGUUGUUGUACUGUUCAGGGCACGGCCAUGUCCGAAAAAGGGAAAAGCUCUUCGGGGAUACUUUGGCUUCGGUCGCCGGAUUCGGGAUAUGGCGAGGAAUACGGCAUAGAAGCGCAGUUGCCGAAUAUUAAAGUCACUCCAGAUCAGCAACAUAUUAACGAUCCACCAGUCAUGAAUGUAUCCGAUGGCCGCCGGCGACGUCCAGCAGUAAAUGGGGAUUGCAUCUACGAGAAUCACCAUCGUCCGAUCCGUUCAGGCCAGGACCAAACAACUACCCCAAGCUUGAACUCCAAAUCCAGGGAGUCAUUAUCCAUUGACAGAGCUUCCUCCAUAAGCGGGUCGUCAUGUCCUAGCCGCAAGACAAGCUCACUGGUCGCAAGUUCCACAGCCGCGUCAACGACUACGAACGCACUGCCCGUUCAAGAUGAUGAGUCGAUGAGACUAAGAUUCAGAGUUCGACAGCUUGAAGAUGAGCUGUCCAAACAUACUCUAGGGUCAGUUCAGUCUCCAGUAUCGACUCUGCGCUCGAACAUCCAGACCACAACUUCACACCUGGCCGGAACCUUUCAUGUCCAUUGUGAGAGCGAUUCAUCUGGCCAGCCUCAGGGCAUUGCUCGCAGCGUUAUACAUAAAUCACGUUUAUUCGGCCAAAGCCAUUGGGAGGUCAACGGAAUACUUUUGAUCCGCGAUAUUUUUGAGACGAUUGAAGCAUAUAUGCAACAAUGGGAAUCAAGAGCCGGGCCUGAUAUGGAAAGAUGCAAAUCAUUAGCAAGAAGCAUCAAAGCGCGGCGGGCACCAUCAUGGCCCUCACCACCUACUCCCGAUAUUCCACCCAAGGAGGUUUCUGACACUUUGGUGGACUGUUAUCUGAGAACAACCGAGGCUAUAUACCGGAUUUUGCAUAUAUCCACCUUCCGCCGGGACUAUGAUGCAUUCUGGGUAUCGGAUACCGCACCUGACAUGGUAUUUCUAGUUCAGCUCAAACUUGUGCUCGCCAUCGGUGCGAUCACGUAUGAUGAGGGUUUUUCACUACGUGACUCGGCUAUCCGAUGGACAUACGAGGCACAAACUUGGCUUUCGGAGCCUAAAUUCAAGUCACGACUGGAUAUUCGAUUUCUCCAGAUCAACCUUCUCUUAUUAAUUGCUCAGGAACAAGUUGCUGGCGGCGGAGACUCAACAUGGAUUUCAAUCGGCGCUCUGCUUAGGAAGGCUAUCCACAUGGGUCUGCAUAGAGAUCCAAUCCAUUUACCCCCAACGACGACAUUCGCAGCCGAGAUGCGUCGAAGACUCUGGAAUACAAUCUUGGAGAUUGCUUUACAAUCCAGCUUGGCUGCUGGGGGGCCUCCUCUGAUAUCUCUCGAUGACUUCGACACGGCGUGCCCUAGCAACUUCGAUGAUGAUCAAAUCGUGACUGAUGAUCCAAUACCCAAAGCGUCAUAUGAUCUAACGCAGGUUUCCAUCGCAAUAGCACUCCGCAAGACAUUCCCCCAACGUCUUGCUAUAGCUAAGUUUUUGAACCAAUUCAGCUCUACCGGGACAUACGAUGAGGCCCUUCGACUUGAUGCCGAGUUGCGCGCAGUAUAUAAAGAGUUGAGUCGAACUUUGCAAGCAUGCGGCAAUUCAAACUCUGGACCCUCGCCCUCUCAAUUCGAAAUUCGCGUGGUCGAUAUCAUUAUGCAUCGGUUUCUCUCUUCUCUUCACCUUCCAUAUUUUGGCGCGUCACUUCAGAAUACUGCCUACGCCUUUUCGCGGAAGGUGGUAGUCGAUUCGGCUCUCAAAAUUUGGCGUGCAGCAUACUCGCUUUCAUCUUCCACGGCAGUAGAGUCCUCCAGCCAAGAAAUUACAUCCUAUUCGGACGACAUGAUGCGACUGGUGGUCUGCAGCUCAGGGUUUUAUCCAACAGUUGCCAUCCAUGCCGCCUUUGUCAUUGGAGUGGAACUUCGGGCACAACUACAGGAAGAAGAAAGUCUAGGCCCCGUUCAAUUGCGCCCAGACCUUCUGUCCGUGCUGGAGGAGGCCAAGAGGUGGGUCGUGCAAGGCAUCGAAGCCGGUGAAACAAGUAUAAAGGGAUUCUUGCUCAUAAGCGUGGUUUCGGCACAUAUCGAAGGACUCAUGCGCAGCCUUGGGAAAGAUGAGAUAGCUGAGCUGUUGGUCAGAGCCGCUGAGAACGUUGUGAAAAGAGGUUUGCCGCUGCUAAAGGAAAUGGCAGCAGCUCAAGGCCAGGGAGAUGGGUCGAAUGAUGGUACCGAUGAACUUCCUUCGACUACGUCAAUGGACACAAUGGGGGAUUGGAACUUACUAACAUCAAAUGAUUUGUUCAAGCCCGGAGACGAGGAACCGAUGAAAUGGAUGUUCGAUGAUAGCUUCAACCCGGGAAUGCCGUCAUUGUGGUGA